AAGAGCGCGCGGGCGCGGCAUUGUGCGUCGCCUUUUCCUGACCGGGCUCUGCAGCGCGCCUGCGCCAGGCUCAGCGGCCCUCCCCUCCUCCUCACGCCCGGCGGUCCUCAGCCGAGAGACGCCGCCGCCGCCCGCAGAAGGAGGAGGCGCCGCCGCCGCCGCCGCCGCCGCCGCCGCGCGGGGCUCCCUGGAGUGGGCGAUAUCCUUUGAAAUAGCGGGCUCAUUCAUCCCCUGAAGCCCCGGAAUCUGGCUUUUUGGUUUCCAGAGCCAUGGCAACGGAGGAGAAAAAACCUGAUGCAGAAUCCACCAAAACACAGUCUACUCCUUCUUCCUCAACCAAUCAAAGCAAGCCUGCCCCUGUAAAACCAAACUAUGCCUUGAAGUUCACGUUGGCAGGACAUACGAAAGCUGUCUCGUCGGUUAAAUUCAGCCCCAAUGGGGAGUGGCUGGCCAGCUCUUCGGCUGAUAAGCUUAUUAAAAUUUGGGGUGCUUACGACGGCAAAUUUGAGAAAACAAUAUCCGGCCACAAGCUGGUAAGUACUGAUCUGCAGACUUCAGGAAUUGCCGUGGGGAGGGAGUGUGCCAGUUUCCACUGGUCUCCCAAGCCGUUCAAUGUUGCCACCUCCCACUGUAGCAAACUUCAUGAGUUAGCCAAGCCCCGCAGUGAGAACAGCUUCCCCCUCCCCCUUGCCUUUGCUGUUUGCCCCUUUGACAACAGCACUCUCAAGCUUUGGGACUACAGCAAAGGAAAGUGCCUAAAGACGUACACCGGCCACAAGAAUGAGAAAUAUUGCAUAUUUGCCAACUUCUCCGUCACUGGUGGAAAGUGGAUCGUGUCAGGGUCAGAAGACAACCUGGUUUACAUCUGGAACCUCCAAACAAAAGAGAUUGUACAGAAGCUGCAAGGACACACAGACGUCGUGAUCUCGACAGCGUGCCACCCGACAGAAAACAUCAUCGCGUCUGCGGCCCUAGAAAACGACAAAACAAUUAAACUUUGGAAGAGUGACUGUUAAGUGCUUUUGACGUCGCUUGAGAGACUGUGGGGGGAGGGGGGAGUGUGAGGGGACGUAUUUUGUGUUUGUGUUUUUUUUUAAAAAAAAGAAAGCCACAGGAGAACUUUCCAGCCCCUUUUGGCAAGACACCUGAAGCAGCCGGCAAGAGUUUGCUCUCGCUGCCCUUGGCCCAAAGGCGAAAGGCCCUCGUUUGGGUCCCCCAGAGUGGGCAGCAGGAGCCGGCGAUCAAAGGGCCUGUUUUUGAUGCUCCUUUGCCUGGUAUAGGGGGGGAGGGUUUCCAUAGCAUGUCUCCCUUAUGUUGAGAGUCCCAGAGUUUCUCUACUUAGAGAAAAGGACCCUCUUGUCUCUUACAACUGGCAAGUUAUCAGUUUAGAAAUAACCCAGAUCUCUUUAUUUUUUUUCUUUACAAAAAAUAGGCCUUGGUCAAUCUCAGUUUAGAUAGAGGAAAUACAUGGGGUGAGAUGCCUCAUACUUAAAAAAAAAAGACCAAAUGCUUUGUGGGUCUGCUGUUGCUGUUGCUCUUUGGUUCCCCCCGUCCCAUUUUGGGACUUCAGUGCGCUACUUCCUUUCCACUGUGUGCACCAAUAGAUGCUGUUGCAACCGAGUCUUUUGGGAUUUGCCUCCUUUCACCGUUCGGAUACCCUCAGCCCUUGCUUGUAGUCAUUGUACCUUUUUUUACUUUUUAAACUCAUUCUGGCAAAAUUUCAGAAUACUUGUACAGUAACUUCAAUGUAAAAAAAACCCCUGAAGUUUUUUGUUAUCUUGAAACUUCAUUGUAAAAACUUGUAUUUGCUAAUCGUAUGGCUGUAUCUUUUGCGCCGUGGGUAUUCCUCUCUCUCCUCCAUUUUUACGCUAUUGCUAUUUUACACAUCAGUACCAUUGACCGUGUGCCAUAAUAAAAGGUGGGAUUUGAUGUGGAUGGCCAGAA